AUGCCUCCUAUGGGUCUCACAUUUGCAGACAUACAAGCGAUGUCCAGAGAAGGAGACGCGUUGUACCCACCAUUGGAUCCUCUGCCCGUUCUCACCGAUUACUCUGCUGACGAGAAACGAAUCUGUGAUCUGCAAACCGGAUUUGUUACCCGUUUACGGCAAUCAGCCUACUACGUAGUCGAAACAUCAAAGUCAAAUGACUUGGAGCGUUAUUCUGAUAAAUAUCGCCAGAGUCCUGCUUCUCAGCCUACACUGAAGCGGAAGGACCUUCAUGCACCCUUUUUUCCCUCGGAAAUAUUCGAGGGCUAUUUCAAUCCAAAAAGAAAACGUAAAGUUGACAAGAAAGGCACCACCAAACGCCUCAAUCUUGAUGACUUAGCGGAGGACGGUGAGGACCAAGAGAAGUCAGGCGACGAACGCUCAGAUGCUGGAUCACAGCCAGUUGAUUCCGACUACGACGUCGACGAGGAAUAUGACAAUGAUUAUGCGGAGAAUUAUUUCGAUAACGGUGAAGGAGAUGAUAUGGACGGUCUUGGAGACGGUGGUGGUGGUGAUGAUGGCGGUGGUGGUAAGAUUUUCCUGACACUAUUUUCUAAAUUUCAGCCUUCUCACAUGAUGAACAGGCGAUUAUGA